AUGGCUACUGCUACUCUGAACGCCGCUGAUACCGAGAAUCUCUCGAAGCUCAAGUCUGCUGUUGCUGGUCUCAAUCAAAUCAGUGAGAAUGAGAAAUCUGGAUUCAUAAACCUUGUAGCUCGCUAUCUCAGUGGCGAAGCACAACACGUUGAGUGGAGUAAGAUCCAGACUCCUACAGAUAAGGUGGUUGUACCUUAUGAUAACUUAGCACCCUUGCCUCAUGAUCCAGAGGAAACCAAAAAGCUUUUGAACAAACUUGUCGUAUUAAAGCUUAAUGGAGGUUUGGGAACAACAAUGGGAUGUACUGGUCCAAAGUCUGUUAUUGAAGUUCGUAAUGGGCUGACCUUCCUUGACCUGAUUGUCAUCCAAAUUGAGGCGCUCAAUGCUACGUUUGGAUGCAACGUGCCCCUACUUCUGAUGAACUCAUUCAACACACACGAUGAUACACAGAAGAUCGUAGAGAAAUACGCAAAAUCAAACAUUGAGAUUCAUACAUUUAAUCAGAGCCAGUAUCCUCGUCUGGUUGUUGAAGAUUUUAUGCCACUGCCAUGCAAAGGGAACGCUGGCAAGGAUGGAUGGUAUCCCCCUGGCCACGGUGAUGUUUUCCCAUCGUUGAUGAACAGUGGCAAGCUUGAUGCGUUGCUGUCACAGGGAAAGGAAUAUGUGUUUAUUGCCAAUUCAGAUAACUUGGGGGCUGUUGUUGAUUUGAAAAUCUUGAACCAUUUGAUCCAAAACAAGAAUGAGUACUGCAUGGAGGUUACUCCCAAAACAUUGGCUGAUGUGAAGGGUGGCACUCUUAUUUCUUACGAAGGAAAAGUUCAGCUCCUGGAGAUUGCUCAAGUUCCUGAUGAACACGUGAAUGAAUUCAAGUCAAUAGAAAAGUUCAAAAUUUUCAAUACAAACAACUUGUGGGUGAAUUUGAAGGCAAUAAAAAAACUUGUGCAAGCAGAUGCACUCAAGAUGGAGAUCAUUCCAAACCCAAAGGAAGUGGAUGGAAUUAAAGUUCUUCAGCUGGAAACUGCAGCUGGUGCUGCAAUAAAGUUCUUUGAUAAUGCCAUUGGUAUUAAUGUUCCUCGAUCGCGGUUCCUUCCAGUAAAAGCAACUUCAGAUUUGCUUCUUGUCGAGUCUGAUCUUUACACCUUAUCUGAUGGCUUUGUGAGCCGGAAUGAAGCUAGGGCAAACCCUGCUAAUCCUUCUAUUGAAUUGGGACCAGAAUUUAAAAAGGUUGGAAACUUCUUAAGCCGUUUCAAGUCUAUCCCUAGUAUCAUCGAGCUUGAUAGCCUGAAGGUGACUGGUGAUGUAUGGUUCGGGUCUGACAUCAUUCUUAAGGGGAAAGUGACAAUAGCUGCAAAACCUGGAGUGAAGUUAGAAAUCCCCGACGGAACAGUACUUGAAAACAAGGAGAUCCAUGGCCCGGAGGAUAUUUGA